GCCUCUCGCGGGGCAGGCUGGGACACUCCGGGCCGCGGCCACCAUCUUGCUUUCUCUGAACUCGGCGGUGACCGUGGGUCCGAGCCGUCUUGAGCCAUGAAGCUGCUAACCAGAGCCGGGUCCUUUUCGAGAUUUUAUUCCCUCAAAGUUGCCCCCAGAGUUAAAGCCACAGCUGCCCCUGCAGGAGUGCCUCCACAUCCGCAGGACCUUGAGUUUACCAAAUUACCAAAUGGUUUGGUGAUUGCAUCUCUGGAAAACUAUGCUCCUGCAUCCAGAAUUGGUGUGUUCAUUAAAGCAGGCAGUCGAUAUGAGGACUCCAACAGUUUAGGGACUUCCCACUUGCUACGUCUUGCAUCCACUUUGACUACAAAAGGUGCUUCAUCUUUCAAGAUAACCCGAGGAAUUGAAGCAGUUGGUGGUCAAUUAAGUGUGACUGCAACGAGGGAGAACUUGGCGUACACUGUGGAGUGCCUGCGGGACGACGUUGAGAUUUUAAUGGAGUUCCUGCUAAAUGUCACCACAGCACCAGAAUUCCGUCGUUGGGAAGUAGCUGACCUUCAGCCGCAGCUAAGAAUUGACAAAACUGUGGCUUUUCAGAAUCCACAAACUCGUGUCAUUGAAAAUUUGCAUGCUGCUGCUUACCGGAAUGCCUUGGCUAAUUCCUUAUAUUGUCCUGAUUAUAGGAUUGGAAAAGUGACGUCAGAGCAGUUACACUUCUACAUUCAGAACCAUUUUACGAGUGCGAGGAUGGCUUUGGUUGGACUUGGUGUGAGUCAUCCCGUUGUGAAGCAAGUUGCUGAGCAGUUUCUCAACAUGAGGGGUGGGCUUGGUUUAUCUGGUGCCAAGGCCACAUACCGGGGAGGUGAAAUUCGAGAACAGAAUGGAGACAGUCUUGUCCAUGCUGCUGUUGUGGCAGAAAGUGCUGCCAUAGGAAGUGCAGAAGCAAAUGCAUUUAGUGUUCUUCAGCAUGUCCUUGGUGCUGGACCACAUGUCAAGAGGGGCAGCAACACCACCAACCUCCUGUACCAGGCUGUUGCUAAAGGAAAUCCCCAGCCGUUUGAUGUUUCUGCUUUUAAUGCCAGUUACUCAGAUUCCGGGCUCUUUGGGAUUUACACCAUCUCACAAGCUGCAGCAGCCAGAGAUGUCAUCAAGGCUGCCUGUAACCAAGUAAAAGCAGUUGCUCAAGGAAACGUCUCCAGUGCAGAUGUCCAGACUGCCAAGAACAAGCUGAAAGCUGGAUACCUGAUGUCAGUGGAGUCCUCUGAGGGCUUCCUGAGUGAAGUCGGGUCCCAGGCUCUGGGUGCUGGUUCCUACACACCCCCGAACACAGUCCUUCAGCAGAUUGACGCAGUGGCCGAUGCUGAUGUUGUAAAUGCUGCAAAGAAGUUUGUUUCUGGCCAGAAGUCAAUGGCAGCCAGUGGAAACCUGGGGCAUACGCCUUUCGUUGAUGAGUUGUGAUAUUACAGCACAUACUGCGGAAGAGCAGCACACACGUCGAGGUCCGAAGUCUCUAAUAUAUUAAUGUUCCUUUUUUCUCAUUAGGUGAGAUAUCUUACAGUAUAGAUGCAGGUAAUUAUUCCCAGUUGACCAAGAGUCAAUAAAACAUUCUGCUUAAAUGUC